CUACUUUAAGCUGUGUCUUGAAUUUUGGACUGUUCACACUUGAACUCGAAGCUGUAAGGGAGGAAGAGGCGAGCGGAAUCUGUGAACAGUGUCCAAAGGAAAUGGGUUCAGCCAGUAUGCAAGGCUAGGGCGGACUAUACAUAGCUCUAACCCCAGCAUCAUACCCUUGAUUGCUUGAUCCGAGUUUGAAUAUGGCGGGCGCCAAGGUGGGCGCAAAGGCAGAGGCGGUUGUUGACGUGCGGCGGACUUUGAAGUUUAUAGGCCGCUUGGCGGUCAGGCUGCAGGCAGAUACGGAAGCAUCAACAGAGCCCCAGGCUCUGGAGGAAGCGCUUCAGCAAGUGGUGUCAAACCUGCCGGACGGGGUGGUGAGGCAGACGCUUGAGAGUGAUUUGGACAGGUUCGGACGGGCGCUUCUGGACAGAGUCGCUUCCUUGCGGAGUGCCAAAGACAAGGGUCCCGUCGAACAGGACGCGGGUCAGCUUGACCUCGAUGGGUUAGCUGCAGGAGAGCUGGUCGGCGAAGCUGGUUAUCAUGCGGCAGUGGAUACGUUGCUCAGCAGGUGGGGCGAGGUGCUCGAUGAGAGCGUAGGAGACGGCGCCAAGUGGCAAGUGGGGGAGCUUGAAAAUUGGCGCGAGCUAUCUCUCAAAGUUCUGGCUGCGAGGCCAUCGUUGCCCGAGACAUUGGCAGCGGCUUAUGUCAAUGUGGAGAUUGCAAUCUGGAAGGAAGCAAAUGGAGGUGGUGGUCAUGACAGCAUGGGGGAGGCAAGUGCGAAGAUCUCUGCGGCUGAAGCAGUGACGUCCUCCGUUCUUUUCUCCUCAGCCUUUCUCAGUCCUGAGAGCCGCCUCGUCCUCCUCUCACCGCUCGCCACCCUUCUCUCAAUCACUAUCACAUCGCUUGUUAGAUCUGCGGCAGAACUGCAAAUCACCAGCGCAGCCAAGCGACUCCAGAAGCUCGCCCGCAUCCUUGUCACAGUUCACAGCUCCCACUUGAAGCAGUGUGCUCUGCCUCCGGCAGGCGCGUCUAGAACUGGGGCUGUGCUGGUUGUGGGGCUGGUGGUCACCAGGUACCUGUUUCUGACUAGCAGGUUAGAAGGGGAGCUAGGGGACGCAGGUCUAACCAAGCUGCAGCAGACGGCGGCUGAGGCGCAGGCAGGUCUGGCAGCGGGGGAGAGAGGGGCGCUGGUCGAGUUGCUGUGUGAACCAGAGGAAUUGGAGGCAGUGCAGAAUCUGGACAAGGAGGGGGGGUAUGCAGUGCGGGGGGCGCUUUAUGAGGCAGCUGUGAGGGUGGUGCCAUUUGAGGAGGUGGAUGCGACGCUGGGCGGCUCGCUCAGGAGAGUGGAGCUUGCGAGGAAAGCCGUGGCAUUGCUCAGGUCAAACGGCGAUCGUUCUAGAGCGUCCGCAAUCUUGACAGCUGUCCUUGACGCUGGAGGCCAUCUGAAAAUUGCGGCUGCAUCGAAGGCGCAGCUUGAGCGCCUGAGGGCAGUACUGCCCUCCGAAGGGCUCUUGACCGACCCCCGGGGACUUACGACCUGGCUCGUCAACUCCGCAAGCGACAGCGCAUUUUCUGCCGCCCGCGCUGCCCUUCAAUCCGAUGGCGAUACUGACAUUCCGUCAGCGGACCGCCCUUCAGAAGCAGUCCCCCAGGCGAGCCCCGCAAAGGCCGAAGAUGAGACCCUGUUCUACAUUGACAAGACGGGCAGUGGGGCUGCAACUGAUCCUGCGGAGAGUCGACUCAUAGCCGCAGUGGAGCAGAUUGCGCAAGCGGGCCCGUCAAAGUCGACAACCAGGAGCGGUCGCAAAGGUCCGCGGGCGCAGAACGGAAACAACGCAGGCGACGAAAGCGAGAGGAGUGAGGAGAAUGAAGAAAGUGAUUUGGACCGGAGCGGUUUGGAAGGGGAGUCGGACGAUGAGAAGCGUCCGGCAGAAGAACUAGGGAGGGCGGAUUCGGACGAGAGUUCAGAGGACGAGGACGACGAUCCGGACGAGGAUGAGCGUCCGAGGAAGAAACGGUUGACAGCAGAACUGGUCGAAAAGGCGUCUGCAGAAAAGCAUGGGGAGGCCGAACCAGCCGCACAAAGCGAAGGGCCGCAGGCGCACGGGGAAUCGGACGGCGAGAAGCGUCCGCAGGAGGAACUAGAAAGGGCGGGUUCGGACGAGGGUUCAGAGGAGGGGGACGACGAGUCGCGCGAGGACAGUGAUGCGGACGAGGAUGAGCGUCCGAGGAAGAAACUAGUAAUGGCGAGAGUCGACGAAAAGGUGGUUGAAGAAAACACGGCGGAGGUCAGACCAGACGCGCAAAGCGAACGCGGGCAGGCGCAAGCUGAAGACGGCGAGGAAGAAAGCGGGGAGGGUGAUUCGGACGAGGGGCGCUCUUUAGACGACGACAACCCGUCGGACGGGGAUGACUCGUCCGACGAUGGGCUAGACGAGAACGCGUUCAUUGCACGGAUGCCGUUCGGGCCGCUGGAUGAAAGUAGCGAGAGCGAGACCGAGGAGGGGCGGAAACGUCAAAAGGAGGAGAAAUUGGUGCCGCUGCCGGUGCCUGUAGGGAUACCCAUACCGGGCCCCAACGACCCUUACUAUACGCGCGUCGACGGGAAAUCUCCGGCGGCGGAGACCAGACGGAACGACGGAGUCAGCGGCCAAGAGGCGCCGAGCGUGGGGACAAAGAAGAAGGGCUUGAAAAGCGGGGGGGCGGCAGAGGAGAAAAGCGGAGGGACACCGGCAGCCGGCAAAGUGCAGCCCGUAAAAGUUGGGUUGAAGAAGAAGGGUGCCAAGGGGGCGGAAGCGGAAGACGGGAUCUCGCCGCUGCACACAAGGAGCGGACGGACUGUGGUGAUGUCACCAGGGCCGGGUUCGGUGUCGAAGAAGACGCCGGGGGGUGCGGGAAGAAAGAAAGCGGGGCUGAGCGCGGUUGCGGAACAGGGGGGUGCGGACGAAGCAGGGGAUGCCUUGGUGGGGGAACAGAAACCAAUAAGGAAGAAGGGGGAGGUGGAGGAAGCGGUAGACGCCGGGGGGGAGGACGAAACCGCCAAAGUCGGCGGUUCUGAUGCUGGCGGAACGGAAAGGGAACCGGCAAUGGCGCAGAAGGGGGGUGAUAGCACAAAGCUCAAAGCGCCCAUGCCGUCCUCCGUAAAGAAGGGACAGAAGGGGGAUGAUGCGAUUGCCGCUCAGGAAGAGGGGGCCGAGGAUUACGUGUCUCCGCUCCAUACGCGGAGCGGAAGGAUCGUCGGGCCGCCUAGUACGGUCAAGAAGACGGUCAAGAAAAAGAAAGGGGCGCUGGACGGGGUGCUCGAAGAGGGGAGAGAGAGAGACGUGUCGCCGCUACACACACGUAGCGGGAAAGCAAUUGGUAUGGUUACCCCGGCCCCUAAAACUGCGGUAAAGAGUAGAGCCGUGGCUACGCCAGUUGCCGGUGCUUCUACUGUGAAGCGCUCAAAGAAGCAGUAAGCUGAGGUUGCGAGGGGUCCAUUGUAGAUUUACCGAUCAUGCAAAAUCGUGUAGCCUCCUUGACCCAGCAACGGAAAUUGCAGGUCUUUCCGUCCUUGUUUCUCGAUCU